AUGCGCCUGUUCCCUAAAACACAGGCUCCACUACCGACAGUCAACAUUAUGACAAAACACAGCCAUACUUUCAACAGCUCAACAGCAACUGGACUGGACAAGUUAGAACAGCUGCAGUUUGUAGAAGUAUUGAAAAGCUGGAUCGUUGAAGUUGCGCCUUUCAUCGCCACUACGAAUUCCGACAAGAGCUCGUCUUACAUAGUCGUCUUCACUGCGAGAAGAUCGAGUACGGUGAAUCCAUCGGCCAUCGCCUCAGUGACUGCAACUUCUUUGUACAUUGCGAAACUCUUUGCCAUCAGGCCAAGUCUGUGGGACAGUGAUUGGACACUUGUAGAGCAGAGCAGCAGAACCGAUACCUUGAUCGAUGCAGUAGAAGAUUUAUGGGAGAGGAUGGUGCAUAGAGCGGAUAGUCUGGCUGAUGGAACGAAAGUCGGUGCGAUGGUCGGUAAGAGGAUGAGCGGAAAUGAGAGGACAACGGCUAGGAAGAGUGCGGAAUGGUAG